GCAAAGUUCCCGGUUGGCGCGAGCCUGAGUAGGCGACCGCGGCGGAGACUGAGCCCGACCGUACACAUGGCGGAGCGGCGAACACGAUCAGGAGGGGCUGCCCAGCGGUCUGGGCCCAGGACUUCACUUACUAAGCCUUCGAAGUCGUCCAAGCGGAAAUCUGGCUCAGAUCUCCCGAACUCGUUCUCUGAAAUCUGGCCGAGGACAACUCCAGCGGUCCCAGUCAGAAAGGCCAUCGUCUUGAAGAAGAUCGUAGCUCAUGCAGUAGAGGUCCCAGAUGUCCACACGGUUCGAAGAAGUCCUAGGAUCUCUUUUAUUUUGGAAAAAGAGAACAACCCUCCGCUCAAGGUACCCACGAAAGAAGACCUCUUCAAGACUUGUAGUGUCCCUGGUACUCCCUCCAGCACCCCCGUGCUGUACACUCAGAAUGUUGAGCCUGACUCUGGAGAAGCAGAGCUGGACAGCAGAGACCUGGAAAUGUCUCAGAAAGUCAGGCGGUCGUACAGUCGGCUACAGAGCCUUGGUUGUGCCUCAACCUCCACCCCUGGCCGCCGAUCCUUCUUUGGCUUUGAGGGACCUGACGACUUGCCUGGAGUCUCACCUGUCGUGUGUUCAAAGUUAAUCGAGACCCCAAAGGUACCUGCAAAGGACUUGGUUCCGGCUAGAACGAAGGACUUGGUUCCAGAUAGUACGAAGGACUUGGUUCCGGCUAGAACGCUCCCUGGAAUCUCUCCCCCAGUUGUGAAAGAGAAACGAAAGAAGAAGGUUCCUGAAAUCCUGAAAUCAGAGCUGGAUAAGUGGGCUGUGGCCAUGAAUGCUGAAUUUGAAGCUGCCGAGCAGUUUGAGCUUCUGAUUGAAUGAGAUGAACUGGGAUGCCCGUCAUUAAGUGGGGUGACCUGGCUGGCUCUCCCCUCUUCCUGUACAUAUUGCCUUUUGAGUAGAGCAGGAUAUGUGGGGUCCCUUUCACUAGCCUUGUUACCCAGAAAGGUAUUGCUGGCCUCUUGUUAUAUUGUGUCUCCUUGCCCUGGACUGUCUACCUCUACAGCGUUGGGGAUGAGAAUCCACUGCUCUGAACCGGAACUGUCAGAAACAGGGUUAGCCAUGGGCUGUCUCUGCUGUUGCAUUCAGCCACCAACCAGCAGAGAGGUUUUGUGUUCUGCUUUGGUUCUGUAGAGUUGAGAGAUCUCAAAGACCAGGGAGACAGUUAAAUGCUUGAGGGAGGAUUUUUACAUUGAGUCUCUGGAGUCCAGGAUAUGAACGGGAGGAAGCAUAAUUGGUUUUUAACACAGUGACUUAUGUAGGAACUGGUCCGUGUCUGUGCUCUGCUGUUGACAUUGGUGAACGGGGUGCUGCUGCUUACAGCAAAGUGGGUACACUUGAUAGCGUGGGCCUCGGAUGCACCAGUGUAAGCUUUAUAGUCUCUGCUUUGACCUCUUUCCUCGCCCACAUCUGUUUCUUUGAAUACAAGCUGUGUGGCCUCAGCCCUAGACACCAUGUCACCUCAUCUCUCACCUACUAGACAGCUUUUGCUGUGAGCUUAAAACUAUUGCUCUCAUGUGAGACCAACCAUUCCUGGGGGUUGCUGGGAACAAAAGUGGAUGUAUCAUGGCUUCUAAGGUUCCUUCCUGCCUGCCACCUCUCAAUCAUGGUAAAAGCUGUGGUUUAAAGGCCAUUGGCCUUCCAACCUUUACAGUUCACGAGAGCAGAAGCUGUGGGGAAUGAGAGCUCAGGUAAGCUCCUGCUCCACCAGGGUGGCUUAGUGGAUCACUCCUGCAGGCUCAGUCCUCACCCGUUCCUGAAUCAUGCUGAAUUGCUACCAUCACUGCAGACCUACCUGCCUGUGAGGAACUAGUGUGCAGCCUAAGGGCAAGGUGGCUUGAUCUCAAAUAAACUGUGUAGAAGUUUC